AUGGUUGGAACUGGCUCGAUUGCAUCUGUAGAGGGGUUUGUUGAGUCACCCAAUGGUCAAUGUUGUCAGCGUAUCCAGUUCCCCGAUAUAGUACCUGCUAGUGGUAUCUGUAAGGCCAUAGUUUGGAUGAAUCAAGUAGGUGUCCAUCAGGUCCAUGUGAAGAUCUGCGGCACAGAAAUCGAGGGAAGUCCUGUCAAGUUAGUAUCAGGGGUCCGUGAGUGUAACCUCUUAAAGACUUAUAAGCCGCCGAUGAACCAACCACACGAUAUCACCAAGCUUGAGAACAUGUUUGUAGUUACGGACAAGUCCAACAACCAGGUUCAGGUUUUUGAUUCGGAAUUCCACCCAACAAACAAAUUCUGUUCACCUGAAAGUACCGACAUGGGCAAGUUUGAUCCAUAUGCCGUUGCCUGGACGGGGAAAACGUUGGUAGUCACUGAUCUCAACAAUCACUGUGUCGUCGAAUUCAAAAACUUUGUCCCGUUUCAGGUUUUCGGUAAGGAGAAACUAAAGAGACCUUGCGGGAUAGCAGUGGGUAAAGAUGGCUCUGUUUACGUGGCGGACUGUGAAAAGCACUGUAUAUUUCAAUUCAACAAACAACGGGAAUGUACCUUCAAUAUUGGAGGACAGGGAUCAGCUCUGGGUCAGCUCAAUGCUCCUUGGUUUCUUGCCAUCAACUCAAGCGGUAACCUGGUUGUUUCCGAGUUCAAGAACCGAAGGGUGCAAGUUUUUGAUCCACAAAAGAGACAGCCAAUUCGGAUCAUUGACGUCAAACACAACGGUAAGUCAUGGGACUGUCGUGGGCUUGCGUUGGACCAGAACGACAACAUCUACGUGACUGUUCGCAAUGGGUUCAUGCGGGGAUGGAGUUCCGAGCACGUUCUUGUUUACGCCCCAAAUGGAGAUUUCCUCGGAGCUUUUGGAGAAGGUUUCAAUUAUGUUCGCGGGAUUACCGUCACCAAGAAGGGCGAAAAGACUCUUGCUUACGUAGUGGAUGGUGCUAACCAUCGCAUAUUAGAGUAUGAGAUGUAA